UUGGUUAUUUUAUCAGAACAGAGGAGUUUUUCCUGUGUCUACAAAUUCGAUCAUAAGGUUCGUUAAACAGUGUGAUAAACAUCUUUUACGCAAUUGAAUUUGUUAGAAAUGUUUGUGCCAUAGGCUAUGAGUUACUCAGAAAUGAGCUUGAUAUUGGGACAGGGUCAAUAACAUUAAAUGUUUCACGUACUGCUGAUAAAACCCGUUUAUCUGCGAUAGGUAAUGAUCAUGCCGUGCAACGAAGAUUAUCCGUAACAGCGGUCAUACUGUGCGCAUGCGCGGAGCAUUUGGAAAACCAAUGUGUUUCGGAAGUUACCAAAGAUGGCGGAGCACAUUCGAGGAAAAGAUUUUUCCGUCGCCAACAAGUGAUAGUUUAGGAGAAAAAAUGUGUGGAAAAUUUAUAAUCUAUUGAGAAAAUUUGUCUGGAAUAUGAAAUACAUCUGUUGCGGUUAUGGGUAUUUGAUUGAUGGUGUGUUUUAUGUUUUUUCGCUCUUGGUUGAGAGAGCUCAUAUUUUACCGCUUGGAAAUAUUUUUGUGUAAUUCGAGAGAAUAAUACUGGAAUUAACAAAACUGCUUCAAACAAUUGUUUUAAUGGAAUAUACGGGAUUCUAUCGGGAGUUACUAUAAUGGAAAUACCAUAAAAUAUCACGAUUUUACUUUGUAACCAUGGAUUGUGAAAUAUUAUAGCAUAAUGUUCUCUCAACAAAUUUCAGCGAAUUCGUGAGAGGUUUUAUUUUUAUUAAAAUCGUCACGCUAUUUUAAUAUUGAAUUUCUUAAUUUUUAAGUCAAACUUUGAUAUUUCUACAUUUACUCGUAUUAAGGUAUUUCUAAAUAAUUCUUGUCUUAGUAAUUUAACAGAUAUUUUAUUUAAGGUUAAUAUACUUAUUUCCGGAAAAGGCUCCCAUAAAUCCGAUAGUGUGUGCUGGUGUUUACACGUAUCUUAACAAGAGCGUAUAAACUCUUUUCUACAUGUGCUAAUUACCAAUGGUGGUUAUGAGCGGAGGUUUAUAUACGAGAAAAAAUCCAUAUGGUGUUUAAUUAUGACUGGAAGUAUUCUGUGACAUCGAAGGAAAUAAAGCUGUGUGGUGCUGAAUCUAGCUUCUAGUUUAAUUGUGAAUGAUUAGUCUCUUCUCUUUAUGUUUGGAAUUACUCAAAUGCCAUUAUAAAAUCAGAAUAAAACUGAUGCAAGUACACUGUCCAAUAUCACUGGUAUUUGUUUGAUAUUCUUGCCAGUAAUUCAACAAGGAUUGAAGCACUAAUCUUGGGAUUCUCCUUCGUAAUAAAACAGAAGACUGAAACAAAUCACGUCUAGAAAGAUAACAGUUAACUUUUUCCAGUAUUCCUAACAGCAUCCAGAGAAACGGAAGCGAAGAAAAUCGUGCAUACUCUAUCUACGAAAUAAUUACCCAGGCAUAUGUGUAUUACUGAAUGCUACCUAUUCGCCCUCAGACAGGUAACGAGAAAAGAAAAUUGGCAUUGAAGAUAAGCCAAAGCAGAUUGUUUAUGUUAGGAAUUUCUAAGAAUUCUUCAGGGCAUUAAACAAACGUGUGCUGGAUAUGCCCCGCUGAUAAAAAGCCGGUGAACAGGUUCAUUUCGGUCGUUUAUCGUUCGCACAAGUAUGCAGAUCGUAUCACCGAAGCCACAUGUAUCAUCCUGAAAGACACAUAUGAAAUGCCUCCCCAUCAGCGUAUAUGAUACAUGAACAAAACUCUACCGAACUUAAUGACCGAUGUACAGGCCGGAUUUUGUUACUGUAACUCUUACUUCUGGCUCUUAUAGGCUUUUAUAAACGGUGACAUAUUGUUCUGAAGCAAGCAAACGUUUGGUGAGAAGUCUUUCUGAUUAAACCCGAGGGAACGUUAUACGUUUGCUAAGAAAUGUUGGCUUGUGACAUUCUUAAAUAUAGUGCUGAUUCUUCAAGAAUUUAGAAUACACAUAUUAUGUAGUUAUUUGAACACGCAGUACUUGAAUGGAAUGAAGCUCCUUUACAUUUCUCAAGUGAAUGCGCCCUUUGACCCCGUUCUGUGGAAACUAUGGUCAAUAUAGAGCGGCAUGAGGGGAUCAGACCGUCCGAUAAGCCAUGUCUAAACACUACCGACCGGAAACGGAAGACUUGCAAUAUUUGUGGUUUGUACGCAUGCGCAAACGGACGUGAAGGGAAACACGGAAAACCAAACAACAAUACCUCAGUUACACAUCAAGGCAAUAACUGUCGCUGUCAUUCAACUGCGCAUGCGCAAGUUGGGAACUCCUGUCCAGGAGGGGAGAGGUCAUAUUUCAGCACAGAUUGUACAUACUCAUCGUCAAUUUCAUCGACGUCGUCCAAAGUGUCUGAUGAUAAGUAUGACUGUUCAAAACCGCCUUGCCAGGAAACCAUAGACCAAUCAUUACCUUAUCUAGAGAUUCCACCCGAGGCCAGAGCCGAGUGUUCAAUAGAGACCUUGCAGACAAACUGGCUUCCCCACACACCUCAUUCCAAAACAAGUCUCAUAGGACCUAGAAACUUUAGUGUUACAGUGUUGUGUAUAUUAUUUCCAGUCUUACUCAUGUGUAAAUGCUGUGUAUGCCACCUUUACUCAGACAACCAUGUGUCGUGUGAUCAGGAACAGAGCUCCAACCCAUCUUACCUAACCCUUUUAAACGGAACCGUGCUUCCUCCGUUGUCAGGCCAGUGUUUAUCAUUGACUACAAACUUAGUCGACGAUAUAUGUGAAAUACCAUUAAAAGCCUCCCAUAAUAGGAUGUUACUCCUACGCAAAACAAGCACCAAUUUCUGUGGUCUUCCAUUGGUUAACAUACUUUCAAAGGAUGAAAUCAAAAGAGUGACACAGUGUUCUCGGGAUCGAGGCUGUGCACGUGUUUUACGUGCAGUAGAGGAGUUAGAUUCAGAACUAAGUGAUAUGUAUUGCCAUUUUACGGAUGUACUCGCCAGAAUUGACUGUGGGGAGAUGUUCCAAUAUUCCCUAGGCAAUUGCAGUCGGUGUAAGGAGGCAUACAAGCAAUGGUUGUGCUCAGUCUAUCAUACGUAUUAUUACAAUGACGCCCAAAUCAAACCCUGUAUUGAAUUCUGUGAUCACGUAUCGGAGAGCUGUCCGUUUUUCCGUCCGUAUGGGGACACGCUUAUAGGGGAGCCUGGAUUUUUAUGCAAAGAUUCAAAAUCAUUUCUACCUGCGGACACUUCCGUUGUAUACGGCCCGAGUGGAUGCUGCUACAAACCCUGUUUUGUCACGUCCGGUUCCUUAGACUGUCCAAAUCCGGGAAAUACAGACUGUCCGGAAUCUAAUUCCACUUUCAAUUUGACAAACCAGACGAACAGCGCAUGCGCAGUGAUUUUCCAAGGACGUUCAAUGAAUAGUGUUAUAUCAGUGUUUCUAGCGUGCUUUCUAAGCUCAUUGUUCACACAAAAUGUUCAAAUUAUUUACAAGAGUAUAGGAUUAACAUAGCGAUCGCUCAUGUGGGUAUUUUCAUAUUUGUUGAAUUUAAAUACAGUCAAACCCCGUUGGCUCGAAGUCGCUUGGGUCGAAUUCCUCGAUGGCUCGAACUUAAGGUAAAGGACUGAUUUAUUUAAACUGAAUGUAAGCAUAACUGUGUGGCUCGAAUAUUCCGAGGCUCGAGGUGUUUUCACCGGUACAUUGAUGUUCGAGCCAACGGGGUUCGACUGUAUCUAGAAAAUCCAUUUAAUGAAUAUAUAUUUUUCACAAAAUAUCAGCUGAUUUUGUAUCCAGUAAUGAAGUAAGAUAUGUGAUGGCUAAAUGAUAUAGAAUUGUUUAAAUGCAUAAGUACGUCUCUAUUCACCAGUCACAUAUAUAAUAAUGAUUAUGAGGUGAUUACUUAGUGGGUGUUUAAUAAAUUGUGAAAUUAUUAUUUAGGCAAAUUAUCCAUUUUGACUAUGUUCAUUGUAACUGACCUGCUGAUGUGUAGAUUACUAGUAGAAAAAGGCCAUACCAAAUCGAUUCCUUGUCCAAGACCAUGUUCCAAUUUCAAAACCAACAUACCCGGCAAGAAAAUAAUUAUACUAUAGAUAUUUUGCUCUAGAACAUGCAAUUACAUUGCUUGAUUAAGAUUUUUAUUAUUCUAAACGCUGACUCCCCCCCCCCCCCCCUUCCCACAUAAACUCAUCCCGAUAACACCAAAGAUCAGCUAUUUUGUCAUUGUCUUGUUGUGAACUUUCAAGGAAUAUUUGACAUUGAUGUUAGCUUUACGUUUAACGUUCAAAAGGGGUAUUUUGGACUUCAUAGGAAAGCUAGAUAGGUUUUGAUCCCUUGAGUCGUUUUGACACUUAACUAAAACACGAUUUGGUAUGGCUUAUCAUAAGUUUUCAAUUAAUGAAAUAUGUAUUAUUCCAUACAUAUGCUGUAUUCUAAGUAUUGAGAAGUGUCACCUGUUGAUGUAACGACAGUAUUUUGUCUCCUGGUCCGGGCAGUCCAAAAAUAUAUGUAUAGUUCAAAUUUGUAAUGAAUUCAUGUAGGGUGUGAAUGUGUUUUAUUGAAUCGUCUGGUGUUUUGAAUGAAACAAGUCGAGGAAUUGUUGAAACCUUGUUAUUGUCGUCGGCGUUACCGACCUUGUCGGCGUCGUCGUGAAAUACUUAGCCAUAAUCCAAAAAGCCGUGCAAAAUAUUGUACUGAAACUUCGUUUACAUGUUGCCAGGGCCAACACGCACUUGUACAGCAAGGGCCCAUAACUCUGGCUUGAGAUAUUUUCGCCCCUUUCUCUACAAUAUUAACUAUUUUUUGUCAUAGACAAUGUAAGCGUAUCUACAGCAAAGAACAUAAAAUAUAAGUAGGCUUUUAUUAAUUGUCGAGUUAUGCCCGUUGUUCGACAAACAUCAAACGAGCGUUGGCGCCCUUCUUGUAUAUGAAUUUAGAGCGUGUGUGUGUUUUUACAUAAUAAAAAUGAUUGGAGGUCUGUAUUAAUUGCAUAGAUUGUUUUGAUACAAAGAUUUUUCAAGUCAAAUUGUAUCGGAUUCACCAAACACUUUGUGAUAUAUAUUAUCUCAGUGCGUUUUUUAAAAAAGACGCCCAAAUUUAUAAAGAUAAGCAAAUCACGAUAUACAUGUAGAUAAUUAGGAAUACAUGUAUUUACACGAAGGCAUCAAUUCUAUUCUUUAAUUAUUAUUGCCAAUAAUUAGGGUAGGGUUACCAACCCCUGGGCUCUUUUUCAAUAUUGGUCUUUAUGGGAUCUAAGAACGAUGUAGCUAAUCGGAUGACCAAUAGAGUGAAUGAAGUCAGUGAUGGGUGACCAAAUUCAGUGAUGUAUGACCGUACCAUUAACUUAAGUUGAAUAUUGACUAACCCCUUAUAAUUGAACCGUUGUUGAUAUACAUUUAGAAAUAAAACGCAUGCCUGAAUGUGAAUCAUGUUUAGAUGUAAUGUUAUGGUGUUUUAAUAUAGAAAUAUUGCGAAACACUUCUUGUACGUGUACGUGAACAUGUAGCCUCCCUUACACAUAAAAGCUGCAGUUAGUUUGCGGAAUUUCCUUUUUUGACGUAAAUUUAUAGGUUUUUGCAUCAACCGAUAGUGUGCCCUUAUAAACCGGUACGAAGUAUCCUCAUACAUGGAUGACGUACUGGAAGUAGUUCACGCGUACACAUACAUGAGUGACGUACCGGAAGUAGUUCACGCGUACAUAUACAUGGAUGACGUACCGGAACUAGUUCACGCGUACACAUACAUGAGUGACGUACCGGAAGUAGUUCACGCGUACACAUACAUGAAUGACGUACCGGAACAAGUUCACGCGUACACGUACAAGUAGCAUUUUGCAUUUUUUUCAAUUGACAAAUAUUUGCAGUGUAUGUACAUUCAUAUCUAACGGGUCGUGUUUGCCUUAUAUUAUGUACUUAGAAUGUACACACACAUUGUGUUCACAUUGGUAACGCUCGUUCCUCAUUGAGUGUAGCAAAUGAAGACACAGUGUACACACUCUGGCCAAUACCUUAGUCGUUUCUCAACCUCUUCUCAUUUAGUCAUAAAACAGCAAAUCCAGAUAACAAUACUACAAGCAAGCUCUUCUCUUUAUCCAGCGCAUUCUCUCAUACAUUGUGAGACGGUUUUGUGCUACAGUCGAAUCCCGUUGGCUCAAGGGACCGGAAAAAUACCUCGAUCCUCGGGAGAUUCGAGCCAAGCAGGAAUUAUUACCUUUAGUAUAAAGAAAUGGGUCCUAAACAUUCAGUUCGAGCCAACGAUAAUUUCGAGCCAAACGAGUUCGAGCCAACGGGGUUCGACUGUUUUUAAAUAAGUAUAUUUAUUACGUUUAACUAUUACAUCUCAUUAUAGCUCAAGUAGACUGUUUGCUAUGUAAUAAUUAUUAGUUUGGAGUAUUGAAGAAUCAUUUGUAUCAACACAGUCUAUGACAGCUUACUCUUCUAAAAAUAGUAAAAAAAAACACCAUAUAAUAUUUUGUGAAUCAUGCGAUGGUUAAACGUUAUAUUAAUAUGAUUUGAGAUUGAGAAAUGUUUGUGGUAUUCGGGUCUGGUUCUUAUUAUUUAAAGCAUAUUGUACAUUGAUUGAUAUACAUGUAUGUUUGGUUGUAUUAAUGUGCAUGGUUUGUAUGGGUAACGUGUGAUUUGAGUAUUUAAUGAAUAUGCGUGUUGUAUAGAUAACGGAUAUGAUGUUUAACUUGUGCUUAAAAUACUUGAAAUUUCACUGAGCCGUAUAUAUUGAAUCCUAUUUUUGUUUAAAUAUUUCUAUGACUAAUGUCUUUACCAUAUACAAAAUAGAUUACCGACGUACAUUAUAAAUACAAUUAAUAUUGUUCAUACAGUUUGUAUAAAUACUUCUUAUUUCAUAAAUGGCAUAUUUUUCAAUCUUUGAAGACCAAAAAAUACUUGAUUCUUAUAUUACAUACGAUAAAUGUUAAACAAUUUCUUUUUUUCUUCGCACAUAGCCCUUUACAAUUUAAACUGACUUUUUAAAAUCAUUUGAGUAUUGGAUGUAUAGAUAAAAAAACAUACGUUUUUUAGUACAUGCAAUUAAAAAAUUUAAGCUUGAUGAUAUUUUUUAACUUUCGUACUAUUCAAGCCAUGUUGUGAAAGAAGGGAAAUAACUCUCUGAUUUUUUUGUAUCUGUUGAACAUAAUGGAUUUCUUCCCUUUGUUAAGUCUCUUACCGAGUAAGAAACAUUAUUGUUUUUUUACAAUAAGUUCUCUGCAUGAAGGAUAUACUGAUUUAGAAAUGUAAGCAGAAGGAGUAUGAGUGUAGUGUUACUGAAAUACAAUUUGAAAUUGUACAAGGGAUGUUAUGAGAGUUCGCAGAAUUUAACCAUAAACAAAUCUAUAGGGUUUGAUAGGCCAAUUUACUUCCAUCAAUAUUGAAGCGAGAUAUUAUGUACGCAUCAAAGUUUCCUGCUCAAUUUUGUCAUGAUUAUUUUGUUUUGAGCAAAAUACACUCACUUGUGUAUUUUUAUUUUUAUUUUUACCAUAGUCAAUCCUUCACGGUUUUAUGCUCAAACUUUGUAUAUCAGGAAUUUAAAAACGUUAUUUUAAACAAAAUUAAAAAAAAGUUUAAUCAAGAUUACGUGUAGAGUUAAACUAACAAAUUUACAAACAUUUAAAAAGAAAAACAAUAACAUUUAUUCUUAAUAUCAUGGUACAAUUCCGAGAACUUUCCGAACGGCCCUCUGACUCACUGAAUAACAUAAGUAUUUUCUUGUAGCAUCCAUGUGUGUGUUUGUUUGCUUGUCACGGAUAUGUUCAUAUACUAUUAUUUGAUGUUGUUGUUUAGGCUAGUGUAUAUACUCAUUAAAUGUACAUAUAAAUGAAAUGAAUUGUUAAAAUAUAAAUAUGAUUGUUUAUAUAAAAGUUGUAUGAUAUAUUAUUAAUAACUUUGUUAAUGUAGACUUACAUGAACAAACUCAAAUGUAGAAUAAUAAAGUU